AUGCAACAUCCGACCGUCGUGAACACGAAGAUCCGAUCGACGCAGGACGCUCUGCAAGUCUUUAGCGCCGUGGCCAGACACGUUCUGCCCCUCAUCACCCACCGCCUCGACGCCGAGGAGAGGCGCGCAAUAUGUUCCGGCAACGUAUACGUCUGGGAGGAGAGAAGCGCUGACACCGCGGGAAUGGGCAUGGAACGAUGGACAGAUGGGUUGAGCUGGGGUCCGAGUCGUGUUCGCGAUGAAUUCCUCUACUACCAGCAGAAAGAUCUGGAGGUCGUCACGGAAGGUCGCGCGGGAUCCUCACAGCAUCUCAUGCGGUACGCUCCUCCGCCUGGUGACGGUGUCGUUCUGGUUUCUGAUGCUUCGCGCAGCGUGUACACACCCGCGGGAAAUCAUGGGGCAGCGGCGGCGGACAGGUUGAUCAAGCAGACAUAUUCUGUCCACGUCACCCUACCUCGAGAUCGUCAGCGCGGCACUUCUCGGAAGUGGCACUUGACGGCGUACUUCAGUCAAUCUACUCUGGACAGCCUUCGCAGCGUCGAGUCUAUACCGGGAGUUGGAGACGUCCCUGUGCCAGAAGGAUGGUUCAGGGGAACGCGUUCGUGUACGCGGGCAGCGCCAAAUCCACCCCCAUCGACCGUCGAUUCUGCCGUCUACCUGACACCACCCGAGAAGCUCCCUUCGGGCUCCCAGCCCACUACUUCGCCCGGGUAUGGAUAUCUUCCUCCACCAUCCCCAUAUCAGCAUGCGGAGCGUCGUGGCGGAGAAAGGUUGGUGGACUUAGCAUAUCUACAGUCCUUACCCGCCAACCCUCGGCCUGCUGCAGACGAAGAGGCUCUGCGCAAGCUGAAGCGGCGGCCGGCAUUCUGA